UUCAUCAGUAUUUCAGUGGCACCGCACCAUACACCUGCUCCCGUCCAAACAUUUCCCCCAAAUCCCCUCGAACCCUAGCCGCCAUGUCCUCCCCUCGAACCCUAGCCACCCAUGCCUUCCCCUCGAGCGUAAGCAAUGGCCAAUCCAGACACCGGCCGCGCAACGCGAGCAGCGUCCCAAUCGAUCCAGCCACCGGUGGCGCGUCCCGUCGAGCGCGAGCAGCGGCCGAUCCAGCCACCGGUAGCGCGUCCCAUCGAGUGCGAGCAGCGGCCGAUCCAGACAUUGGCGGCGCAGCGCGAGCAGCGGGCCAUUGAUCCAACCACCGGUGGCGCAGUGCGAGCACGGGCCCGAUCGAUCCAGCCACCGGCGACGCGACGCGAGCAGCGGCCCAAUCGAUCCAGCCAUCGACAGGGCGGCGCGAGCAACGACUCGGUCGAUCCGGCCACUUGCGGGGCGGGGCGAGCAACAGACGGUCCAACCACCGAGGGGCGGCACAAGCAGAUCUUCCUGUUGUCCAUUGCGCCUGAGAAGAACGACGGGUCGACAGCCACAGGACCCUCCUGCCUCCUGCAGCUGCAAUUAUUUUACAGCGCGCCUUUCCUCGAGUGGCACACAUGACUGGCAUCUUGACGCAUAUGGCAAGCAAGGUCCAGCAGGAGGCAAACAACGGCGUUCUUCUUCGUCGUGGGAUCUAAGGUCCAGCAGGAGGCAAACAACGG